AUGCUCUUCGACAAGAAUCUUUCCAUUUCCUUCUCCUCCAUGGCGUCAGUUCCAGUUCCGCGUGCUCCGCUUCCUCCGCCGGUGGUUCCCCAGAUAUACUUUUCCUUCAUCCUCUCGAAGUCGGCUCCGUGUGCUCGAAUCAGUGCUCAAGCAGUUCAUUUCAACUCAUCUCUAUCUUCUUCGUCUCCAAUCAAUGCUCCUCUGGAGAGCUCAGUAGAGAGGACUGUAAUUCCCAGCUCUUCUCCCACAGAUCUGUGGGUAGCAAAAGUUAAAGCGUCCUUUCAGCCUCUCUCCAACUUUCGAGGCCGACAGAACUCCUUCAGUGGUCGCACCCGAUUCAAUUACUCUUGGGUAAAGCAUCAUUCCACAAGAAUCUAUAUGAUCUAUAUUCCUUGUCCGGUCAUUAGACAAUGGGUUUUGGAUGUUGCGUUCGGGCAUUCAGAGAAUUGUUCUUUCAUCCUAUCACUUUGGAAACCUUCUCUGGAUCUGUCUCCUAUGAAGCUGGUUCAUGCUCCCUUUUGGGUUCUUUUUCGCAAGGUUCCACGAGAGUUGUGGUCUAUAGAAGGAUUUAGUACCAUAGCCUCUGGAGGGAUCUCUGUUCAUUCGGAGCUCUCGUCCUUGAAGCCUUAUUCUAAUGGAAUAAUUAAGCUAAAGGUGGUAAUUGACUUGGAGAAAAACAGGCCUGAUACGGUGAAAAUCACAGAUAAGUUUGGUAAUAUGGUUCAGGUUUCUGCUGAAUUUCCGAGACUUCCUCCAAAAUGCGGCCGUUGUUGUGAGUUCGGACAUCUGGUUCACCAAUGCCCUGCUUCUUUUCCUAGACAGGAGUCCGCAGAUGUGGCUAAGGCAGGAGAAUUUGUGGAACCUGCUGUCGUUGAGAGUCCAGUUUUGAGUCGUGUAGUAGAUCCUACCUCUCCGAUUCAGGGUCCAUUUGUGGAAAAGGUUUUAUCUGAGGGUGAUGCUGCUUCUUCUACGCUUAUUGUUCGUGUUGCUCUUCAGCAAAGUAAAACCUUGUCAUCACCCCAAGUCAGGAAGAGUGUUGAUCCGUCUUCGGGAGGUUGGCUCCGUGGAGGGAAAAUAUCAAAAGUCAGACCUUCGACUUCAUCUGCUUCAAAUUCGCUCUUAAAUAAUUUCAAGCUUCCGGUGACUUCUUCCCAAUUCACUGAAGAGGAGGAACUAAUCAAAGCAGCUCAAAAAAUCUUGAGGAACAUGAUUGUAAGUCUUGAGAUGGAUCAUCAACCUCCUAAGUCGGCUGCUGCUAGGAGACAUGCUAGGAAGCGUCAAACACAUAAACUUCUUUUGCUAUCACUCUCUGGAUCUGAGGGUGAAGAAGUUGAUGUUGGAAACUAUCAAAAGUCUCGUUUUGCUUGUGAAUCAAAUAUUGGAUCAGCUACAGCUGGAUUAGCGCAUGUGCGCUCUGUCCAGUCUGCUUUAGCUUAG